AUGCUCUCUACUGUGACUUGUAACUAAAUAUUUUCAUUACAUUUUCCUUGCCAACAACACGCCACAUUUUUCUCCUCUCCUUCUCUCUUUUUUACUUCCUUUCAUUUCCAUGACUCGCCUCAGGCGACUCAGCACUGCUGUCGGAGCUGUUUUAGCCACCGCAUAUGGUGGAACCAUCCUUCUCUCUCCUCCGGUCUCCGCCAGUGACCACGGAGGAGGAUCGCACCUCGCCGCUGUCCGCCAGAAGAUCCACGAUCCCUUCGCGGUCUUACCCUCUAGAGAGGUCCAGCAGUCGUCGCUGAUCGGUGCUAGCUCGGCGAAUCCUCUCGACAUUCUGGUCAUCGGCGGUGGCGCCACCGGCUCCGGUGUGGCUCUCGACGCUGUCUCGCGCGGCCUCCGCGUUGGUCUAGUAGAAAGAGAGGAUUUCUCUUCCGGAACUUCCUCACGCUCCACCAAGCUCAUACAUGGAGGUGUCCGAUACUUGGAGAAAGCUGUCUUUAAACUUGACUAUGGCCAGCUGAAGUUAGUAUUCCAUGCACUUGAGGAGCGUAAACAGGUUAUUGACAAUGCACCACACCUAUGUCAUGCUUUGCCUUGUAUGACUCCAUGUUUUGACUGGCUUGAAGUAGUGUACUACUGGCUUGGCUUGAAAAUGUAUGAUUUAGUCGCAGGAGCACGGCUCUUGCAUUUAUCAAGAUAUUAUUCUGCAAAAGAGUCUGUUGAGCUCUUUCCCACUCUGGCAAGGGAGGGAAAAGGUAGAAGCCUGAGGGGCACAGUUGUUUAUUAUGAUGGGCAGAUGAAUGAUGCACGGCUUAAUGUUGGGUUGGCUUGCACGGCGGCAUUAGCUGGUGCAGCAGUGCUGAACCAUGCUGAAGUUGUGUCCCUACUGAAGGAUGAUACUGGUGAACGGAUAACUGGUGCGCGAAUUAGGGACAAUUUAACUGGCAAAGAGUUUGAUACAUAUGCAAAAGUAAUUGUGAAUGCAGCUGGGCCAUUUUGUGAUUCUGUAAGGAAAAUGGCUGACAAAAAUGCACGAGAUAUGAUUUCUCCAAGCAGUGGUGUACAUAUAAUACUGCCCGAUUAUUAUUCUCCAGAGGGAAUGGGCUUAAUUGUUCCUAAAACUAAGGAUGGGCGUGUCGUUUUCAUGCUACCAUGGUUGGGACGAACAGUUGCUGGAACUACAGAUUCCAACACUACCAUUACUUUUCUUCCAGAACCGCAUGAAGAUGAAAUACAAUUUAUAUUGGAUGCCAUAUCUGAUUACCUCAAUGUUAAAGUUCGACGCACUGACGUUCUUUCGGCCUGGAGUGGCAUUCGCCCAUUAGCAAUGGACCCAUCAGCUAAAAAUACGGAGAGUAUCUCCAGGGAUCAUGUUGUCUUUGAGGAUCACCCUGGUUUGGUCACCAUCACUGGUGGCAAGUGGACUACCUACCGGAGCAUGGCAGAAGAUGCUGUCAAUACAGCUAUAAAGUCUGGGAAAUUGAACCCCACGAAUGGAUGUAUCACCAACAAACUCAGGAUUGUUGGUGGUGAAGAGUGGGAUCCUGCAUCUUUUACAGUUCUUACUCAACAGUAUGUACGCAUGAAGGUAACAUAUAAGGGUAAAGUUGUUCCUGGGAUAAUGGACAGUUCUACAGCAAAGCACUUGUCUCAUGCAUAUGGAACAUUGGCUCAACGUGUGGCUGCCAUUGCUCAGAAUGAAAAUUUGGGUAAGCGACUAGCCCAUGGUUACCCAUUUUUGGAGGCUGAGGUGGCCUACUGUGCUCGUCAUGAAUAUUGCGAAUCUGCCAUUGACUUCAUUGCAAGGAGGUCUCGCCUUGCAUUUCUUGACACUGAUGCAGCCGGACGGGCAUUACCUCGAGUGAUUCAAAUAUUAGCAGCUGAGCACAAAUGGGACAGGUCAAGGCAAAAGGCAGAGUUGCAGAAGGCGAAAGAGUUUUUGGAGACUUUUAAAUCCUCCAAAAAUGCUCAGUUCUAUGAUGGCAAACACAAUUAGAAAGUCUUCUUGUUCAACUCCCCUUGAAUUAUAUAUAGAAACUGUAUUUGUUAUUUCAGUUUUGCUAACCAUUGCCUUUUGAAAGUUCUUAUUGGAAGUGUAACAUUUAAUAAUAUAAUUUUUCGAUAAAAAACUUUUGUUUGUUGAUUCCUUAACCAUUUUCCUU